AUGGCAGAAGAAGUCGAAAUAUCUAUGCCAUUCCGCGGUAGGAAUGCUGUCUAUCCAAAGCCGCCCAAGACCUUCAACAAGCCAAAAUCGACGGUGCUCCCAAAUGUCUCUAGUUCAGCCUUGCUUCGUGCUUUCGAAUCCAUGGACGAGAUGGAAAGAAACAAGCUGCUACAGAGCAUAGAGAAUCUGAGCUGGACACAAACUUGGGAUUUGACGAAACAGUUUGACAAACAGAGGAGAAUGAAAAUGCCCGUGCAGCUGCCUCUGCUCGGCAUGGAAAACGAGAGUCACUCUUGCCCUGAGAUGCUUCCCGCAGCGAGGGAUGGACCUGGGGUUGAUCCGAGCAGCCGUGUGUAUGAGUUGCUCACAAAGCCCAGGAUUGUCGAAGGUGUCGAGGAACCCGAGCCAUGGGCAACAGCUAACCCACCUGACUUUAUUCCCGACGAUGAAUAUGAAGAAAUCGAAAAGACGGUCAAAUGGUCCAACAAUGUGCAGCUUCGGACCCAGUGGGAUGCCCGACAGAAGAUUCAAGCCAAGGCAUACGAAAAGUCUCGCCCUAUCUUCCCAAUCGUCCAAAAUGGCAUCCUCACGUUCACAUCGGAAUACAGCAACGCUGUUUAUGAGCCAGAGGGAUCUCUUCCUGAUGACUGGACUUUGGACAUCCGCGAAGGAGAUGAUCAGUGGUACGAACUUAAAUACAGAAUUUCAUCGUUUGAUCUUCCCAACGCGAGUGUGAGAAAGCAGUUUCGCAGCUGGUGGGAUCAGCUUCCGGCAGGACGCCAAGUCGACAUCUAUCAUGUUGCCUUCUUUGACGGAACCGCGAUGCCCGAUGGACAGUGUUCUAUGUUUCUGCCUGACAUCAAGCAUACCCCCACCCCUAGGAACAUGAAAGACGAGCUUACACGCCUGCAUUGGCACGAGACAUCGGAAGGCUACGUAUACAACCUGGGGAAGAUCAACCAAAGACGAAGGAAGAAGGAACAGGAACAACAAGAGCACCUGUGUCGUACCGCGGCUUACCGUGCUUGGCUAGAAUUACCACCAGAUUCAAAAGUUGUUCCACCCGGCAUCUAUCUGCGUCCUGCGGAACAGUGUGAUGCUUCUUCUAUCCUUGAAAUUAUGAACUGGUAUGCACAAAACUCAGCCUUGAGCGGUGAAACCCGAUCUAUAGAGGUGAAUGACAUUGGGGAGCUUCUUCAAUUUUGCCGAGAAAACCACUUCCCCUUUGUCGUCGCUGCCCGACGUCCGCCGGAGCGCUUGUGUCGCAACCAGAUCGACCCUGUGGUUGGCUAUGCCUAUGUGGAAUUCCAUCGGCCCGGCAAGAGCGCUGACAAGCACAUCGGUGAGCUGCAUGUCUUCGUCCAAGAGGGCAGCAAGAAGCAGCACAUCGGACGGGCACUGGUCGACAUGGUCCUCUCUUGUUUUGAUGUGACCUCUGGACAAAGCAACGAUUAUGAGUUUGACCAAACUGGUACAGUGCAGUAUGGUGUGGGCUAUGGCCGCCCCCUCACAGCAAUGGUUUGCGCCAUUGCAACGUCCGCGGAGGCCCAGGAGAAUGCCUGGAUCAAGAAGUGGUUAGAGAGGGACUUUGGCUUCAAGGACAAGUGCGUAUUCGAGAAUGCGAGAGUGAAGAGUGGCAAGAGUUUUGACCUUCGUUACAUGGCUCGUCCCAUUGGGGCCCCAUAUGUGAGUGAUGGGGCCAAGGGCCGACCCCAGGCUCAAGCCCAGCCCCAGGAGAGUGGUACCCACUCUGCUAUACUUAACUACCUCUGA